AAAAAUAAAAUCAGCGCUGCUUUCCUCUCCCUUCUCGUAGCCGUUCUUUUCCUGUGCUCGCCGAGCGGCGGCGCACACCACCUGUUCGACAGAACGCCGCUCCAGAACGGGAAGCUUCGUCCAUGGCGAGCGGGGUGGACCGCAUCAGCGCCCUCCCGGAGGACGUCCUCCACAGCGUGCUCCGCUUCCUGCCGGCUCAAGAGGUGUUGCGGACGUGCGUACUCGCCCGGCGCUGGCGCGCCGUCUGGAGGUCCGUGCCCACCCUCCUCUUCACCGGCCCCGAGGGAUGGGGCAGCGCCGAAAGGUUUGCCUAGUUCGUGGACAACCUGCUCCACCUCAGGUGUGGGGGCGAUGGCGGCGCAGGCGCGCCUCUGGAUUCCUGCGAAUUCAACUUCGUUGACGACGAUUUCAUGCUAUCGCCCGCGAACCAGCGGCGCGCCACCAAUUGGAUCUGGAAAGCGGUGCACCGUGUCAGGGUGCUCCGGCUUCAUGUCGUCCAUGAGCAGGAACCCUCGCCACUAUCUGAUCUGCAUCUCGUUUCCCAGCACCUCACCAAGUUACAUCUUGAUGGUGUCUCUGUCAACGACAGCAUUCUUGAUUUUUCAGGCUGUCCGGCAUUGGUCGAGCUGACUAUGGAGUAUUGCGAUGUUUUUGUUAAACACCUGCUGUCUCCAUCCUUGAAACGUCUGCGCUUUGCCAGCUGCGAUAGUUCAGAGUAUACUCGCAUUCUUAUUUCUCUACCAAGUCUCGUUUCACUCGAUUUGAUUGAAUGGCAACGAGGAAGGGCCCCAUUGCUUGGAAGCUUGCCGUGGUUAGCAAGAGCCGUUGUUGAACUUGGUGAUGAUGCUGCUGAUCGAUGCUCUAAAGGUCGAUUCGAUGAUUGUGGUGCUUAUAUCUGCCAUGGUUGUCGUUAUUAUUAUCAUCAUCAUCAUGGGGAUCCUGAAUAUGGGCCUGGUUAUGACCGCAACGACAGCAUCUUUCUCAAAGGUUUGUCGGAAGCCACGGACUUGGAGUUGUCAGCUGAAUCUGACGUGAUUGUUUUCAACAGGGAUUUGAAGUGGUGCCCUACAUUUACAAAGUUAAAGACUUUGUUACUCAAUGACUGGUGUUUGGCUGCUGACCACAAUGCACUGAUUUAUUUUCUCCAGCACUCACCAGUUUUGGAGAAGCUUACUUUUCAACUUUCUAAGGCACCUCCAAAUGUGAUGAAAACAGAAGGAAUAUACAAACCAUUGGGACAGUCAGUUGCAUCCAACUGUCUUAAACUUGUUGAAAUCAGAUGUGCAGAAAUCGAUAGCCGUGUUUACAAAAUUUUGAAGACACUGACUACCUAUGGAAUAAGCCUUGAGAAAAUUAAUAUCACUAGCAGAAUUUCUAGAUCUGGAUGUUUCAGUUUUGUUUGCACCAGUUUGAAAUUAGAGGUAUGACAUCGUGCUGGGGCCCUACGAGAAGAGGUCAACCACGUUAAGGGGUACUGCAGGACUGCAGCUCAUCAUCGUUCCCAAGCCCUCGUCGUCACCGUGGCUGCUCGUUAUCGUUCCAAAGCCCUAUCCCACUGUGGUUAUGUACUUCAGACAAGAUCAUUGUAUACUGUAUGUCUGCUAAACAAUCUUGGUUUGUUUAAACUUUGCA